AUGGAUCGCAAACCAACGAAGAACAAUGGCGCCACAUCAAACCAGAAACGAAAACCAAUCAAAGCAGGUCGCGGUCCGAAGACGAAGAAAUCGAAAAGUCAAACGCAAACUCUACGCCUACUGAAGAGCAGUUUGAUCUAUCAAACGAAGGAGUUUUUCGAAAAUUCAACCCUGCAUGGGGUGCGCUACAUCGCAGAAGAAGGUCGUCCGAUUUUAGAAAAGCUCAUGUGGUUCUGUUUCGUGUCGACCGGAGCCGUAGCGGCCAUAGUGAUCAUCUUUAGCCUGUGGGAGAAAUUUCAGACGAAUCCGACCAUCACCGGGUUGGAUACGGAUUUUCACAAUCAGGAGGUGAUAUUCCCGACGGUGAUGGUCUGUCCUUUGGAACCGUACGAAGAAAAGGUUCUUCAUGAAAUGGCAUUUAUCGUGCUGGCGAAUUAUGAGAACGGUUCCGAGCAUUACGAGCCGUUUUUGAAGACUUUAACGCGACUGUCGUACGGAGUCAUGAACGAAGCGUUUCUAUCGAAGGCGAAUUUGAGCUCAAACAAAGCCUUGUCCGAUCUGCGCGUAAUUGUGUACAAACUAGCUAUUCCGUGUAAUGCCGUUUUCGGAUACUGUCGCUACAAAGACGAACCAAUCUCGUGCUGUUUGUUCUUCAAACCUGUCUACUCCGAGCAUGGAUUUUGUUAUUCGUUCAACUCUCGCUAUAUAAUUCAGAACAUGAACGAGGAACGCAAUACCGAAGUCAACUAUCUCUACGAGACGGACAAGAAGUGGGGCCUGUCGUUCGCUCCGCUCCGGCAAUCGUACGUGUUUGUCCAUUCUCACAACGAAAUAUCCGGCUGGGAUUUUCGGCCCCAGGUUCAGUGGGAUCUAAAUUUCGCUAUCGAUUUCCUAAUCUCGAUGAAACAAACCUACACCACGGAAGAUGCCCGACAGCUGUCGAUCGGACAGCGCAAGUGUAUCUUUCCGGAUGAAGUCAAACUGAAGUACUACCAGGAUGAGUACACAUUUUCCGGCUGCAUGAAGGAGUGUCGUAUACGCAAGUGUCUCAAGUUCUGUCGGUGUGUUCCGCCGUUUUACGCACCGGCGCCGGAUUUGUUGCCGUAUUGCAACAUAACACAGUUGGCGUGUCUGGCUGUGUACACCGCUAACAUUACCAGCAUCAGCGGCUGUCAGCAUUGUGAGCUGGGCUGUCAAAAUACAGUUUAUGACAUCGAGAAGUACUCCAAGGUGAUGAGCACCGACAACACCAAAGAACCGGUGGUAACCAUCGAGUACUUAACGUGGCCGAUAAUCCGCUACAAACGGGAAGUCCUCUUCGGUUGGGUUGAUCUGUUGGUCUCCUUCGGAGGAAUUGCUGGUCUCUUUCUUGGCUUCAGUCUGCUCUCGGGAGUGGAAAUAGUUUACUUCUUCACCAUGCGAGCUUGCUGUAUGAUCUACAAAAAUCGUGACGAGCUGAUCGCUAUAGAACAGGAGAAGCUGAAACGGCCCCAGUCGAGAUACAAUCUGCGAAUGAAACCGGACUGGCGGCGGCCGCCGGAAGAUGUGAUGCCGCAACAGCCACUGUCGGAAGGGAUGACAACGCUGAAAAGGAAGAACGUGAUGACAGUUGGAUUAAUGGAAACGAAUUUUCAACCUGUUAAGUUUCCAGUUGAUGGCGGGAUCAGCUCACGUCACCUGGAACGAUACGAAAGAUUGAAAACCAUGAUACGACCGGAUAUUUUUCGCCCAGUGCAAGUGGAUCCGUACAGCGAACGAAUCAAGCCGCUCGAUAGGAACGUAGUCCGGACGAAAGAUGGACUGUUCUACAACGGGUACCUGCCGUAAAGGGGCAACGGUUAAUUUAUGAUUUCUGUUGUAGAAGACUACUAUUAUAUUUAUUAACAUUUAGUAGUGGCGACCAUUUUACAAGGUCAAAAGCAGAUCAGUUCAGAUCAUCAGUCGCGUAGCAUUGUAUAUUUAACCAGCACCAGAUUUCAAAAUCAAUGAGUCACCGCGCAAAAUAUCAAAUUGUUUCUGAAUAAAGUGGUUAUUCUUACGCAAAAUUUGUCUUAACUUGCUGUUUACAGUAUAUUUGCGUAAUAUAGGCAAAUCUCACA